CGCAGUGCGGCUGCGCGCGCGCCCGGCAGUUCCGGUGGGUCCGUCCCCCCGCCCGGCCGGCGCCGCCACACGGACGGCACCGAGCGCAGCCGGCCGAGCCAUGGCCCAGCAGCCCUACAGCAACGGCCCUGUUCAGAAUCAGCUGAUGCAGUCCCCCGAUGGCCAGGGAUACAGCCCUGCAGUUCCAGGAUCGUACUCCCAUCAGAUGCCGGCAAAGGUUCCUCCACAUCAGUCUUCUGGACAGUAUAGCUAUAGUGGCUCUCAGAAUGUUUCUCAAUUAAACAAUUACCAAGGACCUGGCCAGACUCUCAACAGACCACCAGUGGCAGCUUUCUCUGGGUCACCAGUACAACAGCCAGGUCCUGUUCCACAAGUGCUGCCGCCUGCAUUACAGAACUCAGCUGCUGUAUCUUGUGCUGGGACCUUUCCUCCUGGAGCCAGCCCACCGGUGCUUUCAAACUGGCAGUACAGCCAGACUCCUGUGAGUCAGCCACUUGGGGGUCAAACAAGCCAUUUGGCUCAUGUGCCUGGGACAGGGUCAGCUCAGCCACCAUCCUCAUUACCAGGAAGUACAAAUCCUGCAGGGAGUUAUCAAUAUGCUGCUUCUCCAGGGGCUCCUCCGCUGCAGAACAGCUACAUGAAGCCAGGAUCUGCACCUCCACCAGUGACUCAGCCUUUAACUCCGCUCCACCCUCCAAGGCCGCCUUUAGGACCUCCACCAGUUGGUGGUCCACCUAGGCCACCAGUAGCAGGACCACCUAGUGCACAGCCUCUGCUAAAAUCAGCUGCAAACCAAGAAGGUGAUGCCAGAUCUGCUGCCAGUGAUGGGUCUGUAGUGCAAAAUAGCUACGAUGCAAUUGAAGGUGGUGGCCUCAUGGCAACUCCACAUCAUUCUCCUGCAGCCCCGAAUCUUAAGAUGAGUAGAAGUGUUGGGUAUUCUUACCCUGCAUUACCUCCAGGCUACCAACAUACUUCUCCACCUGGAGCACCAGGAAUGAAUGCAUCUGCUUUGCAAUAUCCAGAUGGAUCAAAACAUUUUCACCAGCCUGCUCUGGGCACUAAUCACUUAACUGCAUCAAUGGCUGGCCUGAGUCUACAGCAGGAAGGGUUAAGACCUGUGAAUCUUCUUCAAGAAAGAAAUAUUCUUCCUACCACCAUUUUGAAGGCUCCUGUCCCCAACUUGCAUGAAGAUAUCCAGAAGCUCAACUGCAAUCCUGAGUUGUUCCGCUGUACCCUGACUAACAUUCCUCAAACUCAGGCCUUAUUGAAUAAAGCCAAACUUCCUUUGGGGCUCCUGCUUCAUCCUUUCAAAGACUUAUCGCAAUUGCCAGUGGUCACUUCCAGUAUUAUUGUGAGAUGCCGUUCCUGCCGGACGUAUAUCAACCCUUUUGUCAGCUUCCUAGACCAGAGGAGAUGGAAAUGCAAUUUGUGCUAUAGAGUCAAUGAUGUUCCUGAAGAAUUCCUGUAUAAUCCUGUGACAAGAGUUUAUGGAGAACCUCAUAAAAGACCUGAAGUCCAGAAUGCUACUAUUGAGUUUAUGGCUCCAUCUGAAUACAUGCUGCGUCCACCUCAGCCACCCGUGUACCUCUUUGUGUUUGAUGUCUCUCACAAUGCAGUGGAGACAGGAUACUUGAACACAGUCUGUCAGACCUUGUUAGACAAUCUUGACUCGCUUCCUGGGAACACUAGAACAAAAAUAGGCUUCAUAACGUUUGACAGCACAAUCCAUUUCUACAGUCUUCAGGAAGGUCUCUCUCAGCCUCAGAUGCUUAUAGUUUCAGAUAUUGAAGAUGUGUUUAUACCAAUGCCAGAAAACUUAUUAGUAAAUUUGAAUGAAAAUAAAGAGCUAAUUCAAGAUCUGCUGAGGACAUUGCCACAGAUGUUUACCAAGUCCCUGGAAACUCAGAGUGCUCUGGGGCCUGCAUUGCAGGCUGCCUUUAAACUGAUGUCCCCCACUGGAGGUAGAAUCACUGUCUUCCAGACACAGCUCCCGUCUGUGGGAAUGGGAGCACUAAAGUCACGAGAGGAGCCAAACCAAAGAGCAACAGCAAAGGAUAUACAUCUGACACCAUCAACUGAUUUUUACAAGAAGUUGGCCUUGGACUGUUCAGGGCAACAGGUUGCAGUGGAUUUAUUUCUUCUUAGUGGGCAAUAUUCUGACUUGGCUUCUCUAGGUUGUAUAUCAAGGUAUUCUGCAGGUAGUGUCUACUACUACCAAUCUUACCAUCAUAAACACAACCCUGUCCAGGUGGAGAAACUGCAAAAGGAACUGAAGCGAUAUUUAACUAGAAAAAUUGGGUUUGAGGCUGUCAUGAGGAUAAGAUGCACCAAAGGUCUUUCCAUUCAUACUUUCCAUGGGAACUUCUUUGUACGAUCUACAGACUUGUUGUCAUUACCCAAUGUAAACCCAGAUGCGGGAUACGCUGUGCAAAUGUCAGUGGAAGAGAGUCUUACUGAUAUGCAAGUUGUUUCUUUUCAGUCAGCUCUCCUGUACACCUCCAGCAAAGGUGAAAGACGAAUUCGUGUCCACACUAUGUGCUUACCUGUUGUCACAACGCUGAGUGAAGUGUACCUGGGGGCAGAUGUGCAGGCCAUCACAGGGCUCCUAGCCAAUAUGGCUGUGGACCGCUCUGUUUCCGCCACGCUGAGCGAUGCUCGGGAUGCCUUGGUCAAUGCAGUGAUCGAUUCUUUAGCUGCUUAUCGCUCCUCCGUGCUGAGCAUCCAACAGCCAGGGCUCACAGCUCCCUUCUCACUGCGGCUCUUCCCACUUUAUAUACUGGCACUCUUAAAACAGAAAUCAUUUCAAACUGGGACAAACACACGUUUGGAUGAACGCAUCUUUACCAUGUGUCAGGUGAAAAACCAGCCCCUUGUUUACCUCAUGCUCAUGACACAUCCCAGUCUGUACAGAGUUGAUAGUCUCACAGAUGAGGGAGCUCUUAACAUAAAUGACAGAACAAUACCUCAGCCACCCCUUCUCCAGCUGUCAGUGGAGAAGUUGAGUAGGGAUGGUGCUUAUCUUAUGGAUGCUGGGUCGGUGAUGUUUCUGUGGAUUGGGAAGAACUGUGGGCAGGGUUUUAUCAGCCAAGUCCUUGGAGUUCCAAAUUAUGGCUCAAUACCACAGAAUAUGACACAUCUCCCAGAACUUGAAACGGCAGAAUCCAUCAGAACACGAACUUUCAUUUCUUGGCUGAGGGAGCAGAGACCUUUCUUUCCUAUACUAUAUAUAAUAAAGGAUGAAAGUCCAUUGAAAUCAAUUUUUCUGCAAAAUAUGAUUGAAGACAGAACAGAAUCAGCCUUAUCAUACUAUGAAUUCCUCCUUCAUAUACAGCAGCAAGUGAAUAAAUGAAACACUAGCCUCUGGCUUACUUCUUUAAGGAAAGAUUUUGCAGUAAAGAAUGAUUGUGCUUGUAGUAUCUUCAUUAAAUCUGUGGCCUGAGGCAGUUGAUGAGAAGUUCUCACUGUGAUUUCAACGAACUAAAGCAAAUAAAGGACCACAUCUGAGACUCAAAUGUGCAACUACAUAAUAUUGUACCUUAAAAAUCAAACCGUUGGAACUGGUUGAGCACCUUUAAUUUGCUGCAAAUUGUGUUUUUACUGUAAGUAGUUGCAGCAUGAAGUACAUUUACAAAGGCAAUACUGAAAAGGUGAAAUACAUUUUGUAAAAUAAAGAGUUCUUUGUUGUUCAAAAUGUAUAUUUCUGUAACUGUUUUGGUUUUUUUUUGUUGUUGUUGCUGCUAGAUAUAAAACCUCACAAUACUGAUCAUGAUUUGCAGGGAAAUUCUUUCUAAGUGCAUCCAGUGAUUGUAGACAGAGCAUCUCAAUGUUCAACUUAUUGCUUAAAGUAGCAAUGAAAGAAGUGUUCAUUGUGAAAUGAACAAAUGCUUGUGAAGUGUAGAAUCCAGUGCUUGGAUUGGAUUAUGGCUAAUAGGACUAAAGGUAAGCUUAACCUGGAUAAGGUGGAUGAAUUUCUUGAGGCUUUUAAUAAGUCAGUAUUCUAAUUUUAAAAACAGUGGGGAAAAGUGGGCCCUACAUGAGGCAGAUUUUAAAAAGUCAUUGGCUGAGUUGGCAGCAAAGGUAGACUUGGAUUGUAAGCUUUGCUUUUCUUCAGUAAAAAGAAUAGUUUUAAUAUCUACUUAUGAAUAGUGUGGGAGGGGAAGAGCAAGGAAGGCUAUCUCAGAUUUUGUUUGGUUUAUGUUCAGUAGACUUUUAGGUCUUGUUUACUUUAAGUGAAUGUUGGGCCCCUCAGAUCUGGUGUUUCUGAAGCAAGUUUGUUGGCAGCACUUCAGACCAAAUGUUGGUCUGCAACAAUGAAUAUUCUGACAUUCAAAUUGGAAAUUAUUUUUCCAAGAACAAAAUUAUUAUAAUGAAUUUGAAGAUAUGUAUAUGGUUGCAGACAUGCCUGAAGUUUUUUAAAAAAAAGGUGUUUUGCUGGAGCUGUGUAAUGAGCCCAGGUCCAAGGCCACUGUGCACCAAAUAAAAGCUUUAAAUAUACUCUGAGAUCCUGCCAGAGCUACAGACCGAAGCUGACAACGGAUUUGAAGUAAAAGCUUGUAUACAAAAAAUAUUUAAAUAAUUUUAUAGAGGUGUAUUGAUAAUUCUUUAGUUUUCAAGAUUAAGCUAUCAUUGAUAGCUACCAAUGUAAAAAGUUUUUAAGUUACUGUAUUCCAAUGCCCAUGGAAGUGGUACAUAUGGAAAAAUCUUGGUUUGCUUUUUUUAUUUAAUAGUGGUAAGCUUAAAGGUCUUUCAAACCUACUUUGUGGGGCAAGUAACUUGAAGAGGUAAAACACUUGUGAGUGGUCAAAUGUACUGUGCUUAGGACUUUUGGAGAUAAAAAUGUCAGUAGGGUAAACUUUUGGGUAUACAUUUGCUCCCAUUUCAGGCUGUAGCUGCUUGUAAUUGUCAGGAUUUGCCUCGUGACAGGGGAGGAGUUGCUUGGGAGAAAUUGUUCUUGAGCACAAGAAGCUAAAGUUCAGAACAAUGGCUAAAACAGCAUGAAAAUAGUAUUAAAGAACCAAUUUAAGCUUCCCUGUCUGCUGCCUCCGUAGCAAACAGGAAUAUAUUUACUUGAACUGCUUUUCAGAGAAUUGCACAGUUUCUAGUCAUAGUGAAGAGAUGUCUUUUAAGCUUUGCAGUCUGAUUUUUUUUCCCCCACAGGGAGAGGGAAAGGGAUCUCUUCAUUUAAAUCAUAAAUGGAACCUCUGCACUUGCAUAGGUUCUGCCCUAAACCUUGUGGUUUUGGGUAUAUUAUCACUCAGAAGUUGAAUUGAAAACCAUCCUUACAUCAAAUAGCCCACCCAAAGUCUAUUUCUUACUGUGACUGUAUUUUGCUACUAUAUCCCUUUUUUUUAAGACACAGAAAUACUGGAGAUGGCCUCAUUGCUUUAUGUGCUUUAUGUACACCAGACUAAUGGCUGAAGAUGUCAGUCUUUGUGGCAGUUAACAAGUUUGAAGAUGAGUCCCUAAGUUUUAGAGAGCAAAACAUGAUAAAUGAGUCAGAUGAACCGUCUGGGAGUUCACUUCAGAAGAAAUUAUUGAACUUUGUUUAUUCCCUUGCAGGGGGGAAGGCCUGCUGGUUCACUUGUACUGCUGUAAUGGCAAUACAGGGAACAUGAACACACACACUACCUGUGGUUGCUUUUUUACAUACAAUUGUAAAACGAGGACACUGAAGAUGGACUACAAAAAUAGGCAAGAGUGGUUCUGCUACUUAGAUCUCAGCACCACAACUCCACCACUAUAAAUGUGUGGUGAAGGUGUCUCUCUUUGUAGUCACUUUUUUUUUUUAAUACUAUUUCUUAUUUUGACACAUAAGUGUUCAGCCAACAUUGUUACCAUCCAUUUUACUUUGCUUUCAUUACUGUUUUUAAAUUAAUAUAUUUGAGUCUAAGUCCAUAGACUAUGUUGCAAUAACUAGAAUGAUUCACUUUUAUUUAGAAUUAAUUUCUUAACAGAAUUUAAUCAAAGAUGCAGAAUGGCUGUUAAGUUAAGGGACCAUUAAAUGUGAUUUUAAGGUUCUGUUUACUAUUAUGGAUGUAAUCCUUAUAGUAAAUUUAAUUUUGUAAACUAGUGUAUAAUAUUGUAAUAUUAAAUCUUUGUUCUCUGAAUGCAAAGAUUUGAUCUUCAGUAUGAAGUUAUAAAUCUUCCCCCUUCUGAAUUUGAGACAGGAUUUACUUGUCCUCCUUUUUACAGUUUGUAAUUUUCACUGUUUUAUUCCUGUAAAAAGUCAUUUAUAACACAUGCAAAUGCUUAUUUUAUCUGUGCUAAUUUAUCAGAUUUGGCUACUCAAUAAAAUUAAUUGAAAGAACUCA